AUGCUCAUCAGACCACCCAGCAACGAGCCAUGGGCGCUGCCUCCCCCGGAGCAUCGGUUCAAUCCCUUUCGGGAGGACGAAAUUCAGCCAGCCAGCCAGGAUGAGGUACACCGACAUGAGAGACUCGACUCCACGGUGCGAAGUAUCGAUCCGAUGAUAGAGGAGUCCAUGGAAGCUCGCCUCGCUCGCCUUGGAAGAGAGCGUCCUCCAAUCUUCACGUCAGCAUUCGCAGAGGUCAUGUUCUGCUUCUCGAUCCUGAUGAGCCAAAUCCUCUCCGAGUUCUUCGUGUCAGGUUUCACUGUCAUUGUACCUACCUUGAUCGAGGAGCUGGACAUCCCGCAAAACUCGAGUGUCUGGCCCGCAACAGCAUUCUCGUUGGCCAUCGCGAGUACGCUGUUGGUAUUUGGUCGCGCUGGAGAUAUGUACGGAGGAUGCCCAGUCUUCGUUGCCGGUAUCGCCUGGCUCUUGGUCUGGAGUAUCAUCACCGGUUUCAGCAUCAAUCCGCUCAUGCUGAUCUUUUGUCGUGCGAUCCAAGGCCUGGGCGCGGCUGCGUUCCUGCCGACUGGCGUCAUGCUGAUCGGCUCUAUGUACCGACCUGGUCCACGCAAGAACGUCAUAUUCGCCUUGUACGGAGCUUGCGCGAUUGUCGGCUUCUUUAUCGGCAUCUUCGUGGCAGGCCUUGUUGGGCAGUAUCUGAAGUGGCAUUGGUACUUCUUUAUCGGGGCCAUCCUCUGCGGUGUCACACUCCUCACGUCGGUGUUCUAUAUUCCGAACGAUGGCGAGCAGAGACAGCGGGGCAACAUCACUAUGGACUACUGGGGCGCAGUAACGAUCAUCUGUGGUGUCGUACUUGUCUAUACGUUGAGGUUGGUUUCAAGCUUGCCUAUCCUACCUCCGGACAUCUUCAAGGUCGGACCACUUGGCCCUUUGGUUGUCGCGCUUAUGUUCCUGUACGGCACAAUGGGCAUCUUCUUGCUGUACGGCACAUUGCUCUUCCAGGACGUCAUGGGCGCAACACCUCUUCAAGUCGUUGCCUGGUACACACCGAUGAUCGUCGGAGGUUUGGUCAUUACCGCUGUUGAGGGCUUCGUUCUCCAUCUGGUAUCAGGCCGUCUACUGUUGAUCAUAUCCGGCAUCGGAGGCAUAGGAGCGCAACUUCUGCCGGCCCUUAUACCAGUGGGCGGCAACUACUGGCUUAUGUCUUCCCAGCAUGUAUUUGCGGCACCAUCGCCAUCGAUAUCAGCUAUACAGUGA